CGCAUGCGUAGAGGGGUCGCGCUGCGACUCAGCUCAUAAAAGGGAAAAAGUGUGUGUGGUUCUCGACCUGCCGCGAAUCUUCGAACGCAAGCGCGCUGUUAUCCGCAGACUUUGAAAAGCAUUCGAGGGACGGCGCGCCUGCUCCCCGCCGUCGCAAUUUCCAGCGCGACGUGCUUGUACCACCCGCCGCUCGUAUUAGGCCCUGCCUGGCUUGGUAUUUGACCAACUCCUUCCCCUCCAGACCACGUGAGGCAACUUCUUCACUUUGAUUUGCUGGAAGUUUCAACCUCAACUUCCUGUGUCUGUCUCUGCAUCUUCUACUUGCACAAGGUUUUAUAAGGCGCCCCCGUAUACCAUGGCCCUCGUGUCUGCUGAUUCCCGCAUUGCAGAACUGCUCACGGAGCUCCAUCAGCUGAUCAAGCAAACCCAGGAAGAGCGUUCGAGGAGCGAACACAACUUAGUGAACAUCCAGAAGACUCAUGAACGGAUGCAGACAGAGAACAAGAUCUCUCCCUAUUACCGGACAAAGCUGCGAGGCCUCUAUACAACCGCCAAGGCCGAUGCAGAGGCUGAGUGCAACAUCCUCCGGAAAGCCCUAGAUAAGAUCGCGGAAAUCAAGUCUCUGUUGGAAGAGAGGCGGAUUGCGGCCAAGAUCGCGGGCCUGUACAAUGACUCGGAGCCCCCUCGCAAGACCAUGCGCAGGGGCGUGCUGAUGACCCUCCUGCAGCAGUCGGCCAUGACCCUGCCCCUGUGGAUCGGGAAGCCUGGUGACAAGCCCCCACCCCUCUGUGGGGCCAUUCCGGCUUCUGGGGACUACGUGGCCAAACCCGGAGAUAAGGUGGCUGCCCGGGUGAAGGCUGUGGAUGGGGAUGAGCAGUGGAUCCUGGCCGAGGUGGUCAGUUACAGCCAUGCCACCAACAAGUAUGAGGUAGAUGACAUUGAUGAAGAAGGCAAAGAGAGACACACCCUGAGCCGGCGGCGGAUCAUCCCACUGCCCCAGUGGAAGGCCAACCCUGAGACGGACCCUGAAGCCUUGUUCCAGAAGGAGCAACUCGUGCUGGCCCUGUAUCCGCAGACCACCUGCUUCUACCGUGCCCUGAUCCACACGCCCCCACAGCGGCCCCAGGAUGACUAUUCUGUCCUCUUUGAAGACACCUCCUAUGCAGAUGGUUACUCCCCUCCCCUCAAUGUGGCCCAGCGGUACGUGGUGGCUUGUAAAGAGCCCAAGAAAAAGUGAAGAAGGCUACAGAUUCGCAAUCUCCUGACACCUUCAGAGGGGGAUGCAACACAAGAUUUUGUGACCAAAUAAAUAUUCUUCCUCCUUG